AAACCAUAUUUUCCACCUCUCUGGAACAGCUCUGUGCAAGCUGUCUUAGGUGGUAGUUGGUAAUGUUUCUGCUUACGUAGCAUUUGUUUUUGAUUUCAAAGGGGAAACAAAGUAAAAUGACUUCAAUGGGUGGCAAUCUUAGAUACAGCUGCUGCCUGGCAGAAAGCUUGUUUGUUAGUUUCCUUUUACCAAAGUGAAAACACUUCUACCUUGCACCAUGGAGAGGAUCAGACCUCCAACCAUAGUCUCUCAGAGGAAGAGGCAGAAGGGAAUGUAUUCCCCAAAACUUUCCUGUGGUUAUGAAAUAAAAUUCAUUAAGCUUGUCAUUUUCAUUAUGCAGAGGAAGAUGGGGAUGACCAGAAGGACAUUUCUGAUGGAGCUGGCAAGAAGCAAAGGUUUCAGAGUCGAGAGUGAGCUAAGUGACUCUGUCACUCAUAUUGUGGCUGAAAACAACUCUUACCCAGAGGUGCUGGACUGGCUGAAGGGACAGGCUGUGGGUGACAGCUCCAGAUUUGAAAUACUGGAUAUUUCCUGGCUCACAGCCUGCAUGGAAAUGGGAAGACCAGUUGAUUUGGAAAUGAAGUAUCGCCUUGUGGAACAAGCAGAGCAGUAUCCUACUCUGAAAACACCUGAAUCGGAAGUGUCAUCAUUUACUGCAAGCAAAGUAUCCCAGUACUCAUGUCAAAGAAAGACGACGUUAAAUAACUACAACAAGAAAUUCACAGAUGCCUUUGAAAUAAUGGCUGAAAAUUAUGAAUUCAAAGAAAAUGAAAUAUUCUGCCUGGAAUUUCUGAGAGCAGCUUCUGUGCUGAAAUCUCUUCCAUUUCCAGUAACCAGCAUGAAAGAUAUACAGGGAUUGCCCUGCAUGGGAGACAGAGUCAGAGACAUUAUUGAGGAGAUCAUUGAAGAAGGAGAGAGCUCUAGAGCUAAAGAUGUACUAAAUGAUGAACGAUAUAAAUCAUUUAAGCAAUUUACUUCAGUUUUUGGAGUGGGAGUGAAGACAUCAGAGAAAUGGUUCAGAAUGGGUUUACGAACUGUGGAAGAGGUAAAAGCUAACAAGACCCUGAAGCUGUCAAAAAUGCAGAGAGCAGGGUUUCUCUACUAUGAGGACCUUGUUAGCUGUGUAUCUAAGGAAGAAGCGGAUGCAGUAAGCUUGAUUGUCAAGAAUACUGUCUGUACGUUUCUACCAGAUGCUUUAGUUACCAUAACUGGUGGUUUCAGAAGGGGUAAGAAGAUUGGGCAUGAUAUUGAUUUUUUGAUCACCAAUCCAGGACAAAGGGAAGAUGAUGAACUUCUGCAUAAAGUUGUUAACUUAUGGAAAAAACAAGGCUUACUUCUAUAUUGUGAUAUAAUUGAAUCAACAUUUGUUAAGGAACAGAUUCCAAGCAGGCAUGUUGAUGCCAUGGAUCAUUUUCAGAAGUGUUUUGCAAUUUUAAAAUUAUACCAGGCAAGAGUAGACAACAGCAGUUACAACAUGUCAAAAAAAUGUGACAUGGCAGAAGUCAAAGACUGGAAAGCAAUCCGUGUGGAUCUGGUCAUAACCCCCUUUGAGCAAUAUGCAUAUGCUUUGUUAGGCUGGACUGGCUCCAGGCAAUUUGGACGUGAUUUGCGGAGGUAUGCUACUCAUGAAAGGAAGAUGAUGUUGGAUAACCAUGCCUUAUAUGAUAAGAGAAAGAGGGUCUUUCUCAAAGCUGGAAGUGAGGAAGAAAUCUUUGCACAUCUUGGCUUGGAUUAUGUCGAACCAUGGGAAAGGAAUGCUUAAAAUGAUUUGACAAUGUACAUUCAUCAGUUGACAGCAGUGAUCCUUCCAACUGUCUUGCAGCCUGGUAGAUUACAUGUGUCUCUGUGACAACGAAAAUUUAAGAAAAAUAUUUUGUUGGAAGCCCUUAUACAUGUUGAUGUUCCUAGAAAAGAAAAUUUGAGUUCUUCAGAAUCUUUUCCAGUCCUUUCAGUUUAAAUCUUUGAUGAUUUUUUUUCUUUUUUUUCUUUGUUGUGUGUGUGUGUGUGUGUGUGGUUUUGGUUUUUUUUUUUCCCUACCAGGGGAAAACUUCUAACAGAUGAGAUUUUAGCUUGUACUAGGAAUUUAAAAUUUCUGUGAAUAAUACAUGAUUGUUAAAAUACUGUCAGCUAUGGCAGUACCUAAAUAAUACAAAACAUUUCAACUCAGUCUAAAAAUUACCGAAGUAGAUGCUUAGAAUUAGCUGAAUUUUUAAGUAUUUUGCUGCAUCUCUAUACAAAAUCUCUAGUAUACGGACCUAUAUAAAGUUUAUAAAGUUUAAAGACCUGAUUUAGUCUGGCAGUCUCAGCCAAGUGAGCCUCAGCUGUAGUAUUUAUCUAAUUGGGUCAAAACUCUACAAAAAUUGUAAUCAAGCUGAGAAUUCAGAUUUAAAAAACGUUAUGUUGGACGGGAUUAUGGAAUGAAAGUCAAUUUACUCAGUAGCAAUCUUCAGUUGUGAGGAAAAAUACUAUACAUUUGUAGAACUAAUUUUGACUAAGGAAGAUUCAGGUGAUUGUCCUUAAUUGGGAAUUUGAAUCAUAGCCUACAUAAAAACAAUUGUUCAACAGUCAGACUGGUGGCUGCUGUAGGGUGAAAUUUGAAUUUUUUUUUAUGCUCAAUUUAUGUAGCUGAAAAUUUAAUUAUUUCCUAGUAGCUACAUAUGCACUGGUAUGAGAAGUUUACCUGAGAUAUUUGGCAAUUGGCUGUUCUAAAAUGGUAUUCCUUUUUUUUUUUUUAAUUAGAAAUUCAUUUUGGAUGUGAGAGCACUCUUCUGAUGAAAGUAAUUCUCUGAAAUAUUUUGGUUUUAGAAAGUUCCCAGAGGCUCCUGUGACUGUAAUUGAAGCUACUUAUGACCAUUUGUUUGUCAUUUGUAGAAUAAAGACAAUUGAGAACACCAUGACUGGUCAAAAAAUUUCUUUAUUAACAGGCUGAACUUCUUUCUUCUGCUAAGGUUGAUUUCAUGCUAGGUCAGAAUGGCAGUGAUGAGGCCAUUCACGACUAUCAUUACUGACAGUAAUGGUGUCUCAUAUUCAAAUGAUGGCAAUAUUCCAUGGCAACAUAGACGUCAAGUUUCAACACAUGCAUAAAAUAUGCCAAGACUUAAAAAUAUAUUGCUUAACCACAAGAUGAGUGACUUAAAGUGCAAGAGUCAAGGCUAUUGCUGGUAAAUAGGCUCUUCUAAGAAGCUGCUUUUCCAAAGGAUGCUUUGUUAAUAUGGUAGUCAGUACAGUACAAGUGUUGACAAAAGUUCCUAUUUACAGUUUUAAAUGCAAACAUAUUUCUGGUUUUUAAAAUGGUUAGUAGUUGUAUUUGUGUGAAAUUAAUUCAUUCAUUAUACUGUCUGGAUUCACAACUGUAAGUACACUUACAUCACUGGUUGUAAAAUUCCAUUUAUUUGAUGAUCUGUUCUUUUAGGAUACAGUUUAUAUAUCUCACUUUCCAUCUCCACUAGUGUAUUAAUGAAAAAUACUCCUUUAAUUUAAUACAGAUGUUCAUCAGGAUAAAAUGUUGUAAGAUCUGCUCCAGAAGUAAAUUGUAGUAAAUUGAAAACUGUUUCUUAACAAAGGAUCCUUUUUUUCUAUGAGAAUCAUGUACUACUCACUGAACACAACCAUCUGGCUUACAGGUCAGGAGGAGAAUUCCUAAGCUUGAGCAAACAAGAAAAAAAAGAUAAAUGGGAAUGGCAAUAUCAGGCUUACUGCCAGAAAUUCAUGAUAUGCUAUGAAUCCAUUCAAUAAUUUGUGAUAAUCCUAAUUUUAUGGUACAGUGAAUUUAAAUUAUGUAGUUUAAAACAAAUAUUAUGUCAUUAGUAGAAAUGUAGUGAAGACUAUUUUUUUUUCACAGAUAGUUAUAUGACAUCUAGAAAAAGUAUGCUGACUGUUUACAGGUUUCACUCAAUUGAGGAAUGAAUUUUUUAAAAGUCUGCACUGUAAACCUAAAUCAGAGAAGUAGAAAACUAUAGUAACAGCAUGGAAUUUUAUUCUUGCCUGUGCCAAUAAAAUCAUUGUUUUAAAGUGUAGUUUUGCUAGCUGAGCUGAAAAUACAAUGUCACUUUCUAAAUUGCUCUAACUAGAAAGCGCUGGCAUCACUUCUUGCAUUAACAUGGUGAUGUAUGAGGCACCUUCUGUGUGUUUUUGCAUCAGGAUGCUGACACUUGAGUAGCAAUGAGAUUUUUCAGUCCUAGUGGAAGAGAACAAAAGCUAUAGUACCUUAUCUAAAUAUACAUUUUACUUGACCAGCAUUUAUCAGAAAUUAUACAUUCCAGUUGUGCUGUCUCUGCAUACUUCGUGGCACAGAGGAAAUAUGAAACAUUCUGAUUUCCAUGUAAAGAAACAUUUGAAAUUCAUAACUCGCAUCCUGUCUGCCUGUGCAUCACUUAUAAUUAUGCCACCUGUAGGAGAGAAGAUACCAAAUAUAAAUUCUGUCAGGUGCUUCAAGAUUGGAAGAAAACAGCAUACCACAUUAUUCUUUUCUUUCCCUUGGUUUCUGUGAGCUUCGUUUAUAGUAUAUUUGACAGGAUUAAGAAAAGUGUGGUUGUUAGCUGGAAAAAUUAUCAAAAAUGAUGGUGCUCUUUAUUGACAUGCUGGGUUAAACUGAAGGUCAAGUUAGAUCACCAGGAUGGUCUGACUAGUAGGUGCUGCUAUGAGCAUCUCCACUGAAGAAGCUGCUACCUCAGUUAUUAUCAUCUCUGAUAGCACUAGCCAAAUUCUUUGAGCAUAUAAUGGUAGAGCAAGAGACACAGUGGAUGUAGCUAGUGAUAAUUACACAUGGGAAUAAGAAAAUUUUAAGACUCAGUGGGAACAUAGGAUCUUUCAGGUUGGAAAAUAACUUCAAGGUCAUCAUGUCCAACCGCUAACCUGAUCUGUCUUGUCCUGUCACUGAACCAUGUCCCUGAGUGCCAUGUCUGCACAUCUCUUAAAUACCUCCAGAGAUAUAGAUUCCAACACUUCCCCAGGCAGCCUGUUUCAGUGCUCCACCCUAUCUAUGAAGCAGUUCUUGUUAAAUCUCCAAUCUAAACUUCCUUGGAUGCUGUUUUUCACAUCGUAUCACUUGAGAAAAGAAACCAGUGUACAUGCAUGUACAUUUUCUCACUAGAGAAGUAAAAUAGAGUGAUAAGGAAAUGCAAAAAGUAUGAACUUCUGUCUUUUUAGUAAAUGAAUUCUAAAUGAUAACAUGGUGUUUCUUGCAACAGUUAAAUUGAUUUGUCCAGAUUUGACCAGGCCUGUUGUGAUUUCAAUGGUUGAUAGCGUCAGUUGCCUUGGGCUAUGUUGGAAAAGUUAGUUGUAUUGGAGAACUGAGAAGGAACAGCUUAAAGGAAAUAAAAUGUUAUCAGUUGAAAAGAUUGGAGCCAUGAGUGUACUGAAAUCUCCCUACGGUGUGGUGGAGCUGUUGAAAUCAAUAGUAAUAAUACUUCUUAAUACAUGUUUAAUAUACAUAACCUAUAAAAUUUAACUUUGUUUUUUGACCUAAUGCCUCCAAACAGUAUUCUCAAAUGCUACUGAUAAUACAGACAAGCUAUGUGAUUUGAAUUGUGAGGACAACUGAACUACAUAUCCCAGGUGCUGUGAGUUGAUGUUAUAUAACUUUAUGAUCAGCUAAUUUGCAGCUGGUGAUUGACGCUGAGAAGUGUGUUAGGUCAGUGCUAAGACUUUAGUUUACUUACUAAUAAGUAAACAUGAUUGUUUGAAAAGCAAGUUAUUUUUUAAAUUUUUAUUGUUGGGAGCAUUAGAUUGUAGUCUAUUAGUAUGCAGAAAGAAAAAAGAACGCUGCUAUGUGUUCUAUUACCUUCUGUGUUCUGUCCUUUUCAAAAUCAGUACAAAGGGAUUUUUGGAAAUGACUGAGUUUUCCAAUUCCUUUCUCAUUACUUUUGAAGUUAUAAGGCAAAAGCAGUCUCAUAGCAUUUCUACUAAAUAAAAAAGCCUUUUGAGCAGAAGUAGCAUCAUUACAUGUAUUUAUAGCAAUAUGUAGACAUUUUAUAUACAAAUUGCUAUAUGUUUUCUGUCAGCUUCAAUGUAUUUUUCUAUUCAGGAAAACUAUGCAUUACCACCACAUAACGGAAAAUAACAAGGAAGGUCUCCACUUUUAUGGGAUAGGAGAUGUCUCUGCCAGGAGAAGAGUAGAUUAUAUUCCAGAAAUUGGUAGUUGUAACAUCUGGGAAAAAGUGGCAAAUAAUAAAAACCUUAUCCCAGCACUUUGAAGAUAAAAUCGUAAUCUUUGUACAUUUCCAGCUAUCAAUAAAGAGAUGGCUUGAAAUUGCCUUCACAGCAGGGUAGAGAGUCAGAGGAGUUUAUAUAACUUCCAAAAUGGGGCUUGAUAAGUUUAAGCUGUCUAAGUAGGGGUGUUUCUGGAGUUAGAAACUACUGCUGAUUAUACAAGUCUAAAAGUGAUCAAUUUUGGUGGCUUAAGGACGGUGUGAAAGAUCAUAUGACUCUGUGAACACCACACUUCACUAUGUAAUGGUUAGGAAAUACUGUAUUUUUUUGUAUUCUUCUGAGACACAAAAACAACAUUGAGCAGUGUAGCUAGAAUUUUCAGGUUCUAGAGAUCCUUAAUUUAAACACAGAGUCACAGAAUGGUUUGGGUUGGAAGAGGCCUUUAAGAUCAUCUUGUUCCAACCCCUUGCU